AUGUCGCUCGAUGAGGAGACGCUCGAGAGAGUCGCCCUCGAUGGCGAGAUGGACUACUCGAAGUGGCCAUCCAUCAUUGAGCCGCUAAUGGAGCGAGUCAACCAUAUUGUGUACAACGACUUUCCCAUACCAAAGCCCUAUGCGAAUCUGUCGAGACCACCAGCGCAGCCAGGAGCAGACACCUCCGAACAGCCACAGUCACAGCCAGACCAGGCGAACAUACCACAGACCCCUUCGAAGCCGCCCGUACCUCUGUUCGGUUCCUCCGCCGCCUCGACCUCUCGUGUCGCCGAUUCCUUACCGGCGUCUCAGAACGAGCCUACCUCUUCACAACAUAUCGAAGACUUGCCGCAACCCCUCCUGCAGCUGUUACAUGGCAUUCUCUCAACACUACGCAGCGCCUUCAUGCAAAGGCCACCGCACACUAUACAACGCCUCGCCGAACUCGUCCUCAACCCUACAAAUCACUACAAGACACUCCCUGCCUGGCUUCGCGCGGUCGACCGAGUAGUCAAUGUCUCAUCCACUGCAGACAUAUUUCCUCUGCCCGAUCAAGCACCUCUCGCCAACGGCGUCAACGGCGACACGAGUACAAUCCUCGUUGGCGCAUCUACGGGAACAGUACGAAAUGGCUACGACAGCAGUAGCCUCGGCAGCGACGAGAGCCUCGGAGGCGCUCUCCUCACGCCUAUUCCCUGGCUACGAAACGGUACGCAAUCGACAGACGAUAUGGGAGACACACUGCCCAACACUGCCUCAACUGAAGACAGCGAGUUUAGCAACGGCAGCGGCGAGAACGGACACACAGCCGCGAUAGUGGUGAUAGGCAGCUCGCAAGACCCUCUUGUACCCGAAAGACCCGAUGGGGCAGUCACACAAGGCGAGUUGAUGAGAUUAGAGCAAGAAGCAGGCGUAGUGCCUGUUUCGGCCAAUCCGACAAGACCGAUGCCAGGCCACGACGAUGCGCUGGAAGAGGUCGAUGAGGAGGGAGAUCCCAUUCCACACGCCCGCGGACCUGAGUUGGUGGGUGCCGUAGAUAUGGGGAAGGUUGAGGGCAAGAAUGUACAAGUCAGCCUCGACCGGCAGCAGGCACAUGAAGCGGACGAAAUGCACAACGAAACCACUGCAGAUAGCAAACCUGUGGUCGUGGACGACAUCGCUGCGUCUACCACAGCAGGCCAAGCCAGCAGUGUUGGGAGUGUAGGCAGUCCUGGCGAAGAAGAUUAUGAAAUGGUCGACAAAGCCGAUGAGAUGGACGUCGACGACAACGAGAAGAGUACUACUGUAUCACCAGCACCAGUCCCUAGCACCACAGCUACAGGUGCUCCGCCGGAGACAGGGAGAAUCUCUCCGUCUGAUGCUGAUCAGGACAUGGUGCUUGUCGAUGCUGCUGCCGACAGCGACAGUGAUGGCACUGCUCCGAAGGAGACUUAG